AUUCACGUCAUCAGUCAAAUACUGUACCGCGUGUGGGGCUUACGCGUUUUUUGUUGCCGUUUAAGAUACUAUCAAAAAAGUUCAAUUAAUUACCAAUUCACUUAAAGCCACGGUGUUAUCUGGGUGCCUUUUUAACUGCAUUAAUUGUUUCUGUGUCAACGCAAGCAUCAAGGAUUUCUUUCAUUAUAUUUCACCGACGCGCCAUGUGACCGCGUGUCAGUCCGCGCUUGAUCAGCAGAGAGAACGCAUCUCGUACGAACCGGAUCGAUAUCACUAUCGCACUGAUAAAAAACAUCAUCCACAUAGUCUGAACUACGAAGAAACAACAAGUGUGGACAAAAACCGAUCCAUUUUAUAACAAGAAUCGUACAAGUCAAGUUCUUUUUUUUGUGUCAUUAUUUGUUUCAAAAUCUUGUGCGUUUGAACGUGUCUGUUACUUGUACAAGUGUAAAUAAAGUUGACAAAAAUAAAAGCUUUAAAUUCGUGCAGCGUUUAGUCAAGUUUGCAACUCGUGCAAGUGUUAAUUAAAUAACUGUUGCUUGUGCUGUGUUUGUGUGGUAGUGUUGUGGUAGGAGACUAUUCGAAAUGGCAACUACUGGUGGUGAAAUGUGGCUGCAAUGGUUUGCGUGCUGCUACCAACCGGCUGCUCAAGCACAGAGGACCGCUCGGCGGAGAAUAGACCGGUCUAUGAUCGGUGCUCCGACCAACUUCCAGCACACAGGCCACAUAGGGUCGACGGACGUGGACAUGCCGUCUUCGCUGCUGCACUCCAUACAAAACCAGAUGCAGAGCAAGGGCGGCUACGAGAUGGCUUACGGUGUUAAGGUUUACUGAAGAUGCGAAGUUAUCAGAGACAUUAGUGACAGAAAACAAGAGUGAUUUUUUUUAAUAUGAUCUUGACUUGUAUUUAUUAAAGAGAACUAAUGUAAGUUUAGUUUUAGUGCUAGUUUGUUGUGUAUAGAGAGUCACAUCGGAGUCAAUUGAGAAAAUGUAUCUGAGUUACCUAAAGCGAUGUACGCACAUAAAUUCUUGUGUAUUAAAUUAAUUAAGAAGGAAACAUACUUGUAACACGCGAUGUUUAAUGGUUUAUAGCCAUUGUAGUAUUUGUAUGACUCUCGACUUCAAUGUCGUUUAAUUGUUAUGAUUCUGGUCCUGAUGUUACGUCCUUUAUUCGAUGUUAUAUAGACUCUUGGAAAAGUCCUGAUUCUUUUUUAAGUUAUCUAAAUUUGUUAAACGAUUUCCUGCGGUGCUUUGUAAGUUAUGACAGUAUGUGGUUAAGCGAGUUCAACAGUAAUAGUAGUUUUAUCAUCUGCAGUCUCUCUGUAAUCUGUCGUUAACUUAAUCCACAGAUUUAUAAAGGAUCAUAAAACUCAUAACCAAUCAUCUAAAUUCUUAUUGCUAAGCAAUUUUAUCGACAGACUACAGAUUGAUAGAAAAUGAUAUUUUAAAUAAACAAAGGUGUUCUAAGAUAUCUAGAUAGCUAUUAACUCGUGAAAAUACUCUCUACUUGAAAGUCUAGUAUAGUAGGUACCCGUCAAUAAAAAUUACACAUCGAGAGGUUUUCCAGAAAUGGAUCCAACCACGGUCACAUGGCGUCGGGAUUGUGGCACUUCACAACCUUCUUCGGUUAUAAACCUCCCUAAACCGAGGUCCGAGUCUCACAGAAUCUGAGACAUGUUUUAUUCUUCUACGUUUUUCUAGUCCUUGGACUUGACUGUAGCAGAACUUCUGCGCUCGCAUUAAAAACCACAAUAUUCAAUAAAUACAGAGUCUGAAAAAAUACCACACCAAGAAUGCUAGACUUAUCUUCAUUUACUCCUUCUUUAAUGACCUAUUUACUUUGCGAUCGAGCGCUAAUUCUGCGAUAGUUGUUUGCUCUGACGCCGCUACAAUCUGAGGUUCACAAAAAAAAAUAACCGACUAAAAAACUUUGUCUUUAUCUUUUAUGACGUUUAAACUUUUAUAAUAUCCAUGAACGGGGCAGAGAUGAUGCUUUCCAAACUAUGAAACAAUCUUCUUUUAGAAACUCAAUGUGUAAUUUACGCUGGUGUAAUACAUGCUUUGUCAUUGUCAGGGUACAAACUGAAGUUUUCUAGUAUAACGGGAUAUUAAUUGAAUAGCUCGUUUAAAAUUACUUAUGUUAUUACAACUCGAAAUACCAAAUGAUUCUUCUCAUGUUAUACUACGUAGAAUAAUAUUAUACUUUACCUUUAGACUGUAGAUUUGUAAACUGUGUGUGUUUAUAUUUGUUAAUUGGAAUAUUCUCAUGUUUAGUGUAAAAUUAUUGUAUCGUUAUUAUAUGAAGCCGGAUUUACAUUGCGAAAUUAGUGGAUUUAAAAAAAUUAUCACAUUUCCAAAUCGAGUUUAACUUCUAAAUUUCAUAGAUAUGUUAGAUGUUAUGAAUUUUAUACAUUUUGAUUCCCAUUGUGCAAAUCAUAGAACAUGUAACGAAAGUAACAUUUAUUGAAACUUUGUCAUAACAGCUCUACUAAAUUUAAACUUUUAGUUACAGUUUCUAAUAUGUAAGUAAAAUUUACUUGCACGUAAAACUACUUUAGUGUCUCAAUGUAAAUUCGGCUUAACAUCCUUAUUCUCACACAUUAUAUUAGCACAUAGCAACUGUAUGUAUGCCCAGUCAGUGAUACCUCCUUAUUAGUACAUGAAUAACCUGUCUAAUGUAUGCAUACCACAAACUAAAGAAAUGUUCUUUUAAAAAUCAAAAUUCAUUUAAAUCGUGUAAGCUUAGUUUACAAAAACUUUUGAAACGUCAGGUCUGUCUGUUUGUAAUAACGGUACAGACAUUUAGAUUACAUUUUAUAAUAAUGUACUUACAUAAUUACCAGAUAUUUGACUUCUUAGCUUCAAAAUAUUGGGUAAAAUAGGUACCUACUCAGUUUUCGCAAAGGUAUCGUAUUAUUUAGUCAACGUUAUGUGAAUAUUUGUGCGAAUGGUACCUACAGUUUUAAUAUGACAGUGCUCAACUGUACAGUAAUGUGUGUGAAUACGGGUUUUUAAUAUUGUUAAAUAUUAUAUUAGAUAAAGUCUUCAUGCCCGAACCUUUUUGAGCAUACGAAUGACUGAAAUGCCAGCAAAUUAUACAUGAUAUUGACAUGAUAUGAGUAGUAAGUCGUUAUAACUAUCGACCAUUCAUCGUACGUUAAUUUUAAAAUGCAUUAAAGCUAAGUUACACGAAAACAGUUUCUCGAGUUCAUAAAAUAUUAUCCUAUACUCGGCAUACAAUUCUCGCCAGCGGUUAUUUGAAAUAAGCCAACUUGUAUUAAUAAAGCAAUGCUGAGGUGAGGUGUCGAAUGUAAGAUUGACAGAAUUAAGUUUUUGUUAGUAGAACCCUUGAUUCGACGCAUUAUGGGAUGUGUUAUUUGCACGACUACAAUGAUUUCCACAGGUUCUGGCAAUUAUAUAAAUAAGUCAUAAACGGUUUUUUACAGUUUACAACGAUCAAGUUUUAACGGCUUCAGAGAAAGCCAAAACAUGAAAAAGCUUUUUAAUUUCAAAUAAGCAUUCGAGAGAACUGCCAUGAAAGUCGACCGGCAUAACUCAACCAAUUAUUAUUAUUAUUAUUAUACAUGCAGUGAUCGAGGAGAGUUCAAGAAACCACUAGAUGUCGCUCGCAUUCGAUAACUCUCCUCGUAUAAGUUAGCCUUUAGUCAUUAGUUUCAAUAUGCUCAAGCAAUUAUUUCGACUAAACAAUUGAACAUUGAACAAUACACGGGCUAUGCAGUUUUAAAAUUUUUAUUUUCUGUAAGUGUAUUAAUGUAAAUUAGAAUAAUUGAUUUAGCGACAUUUUCAAUCUGUGUGGGAUUUGUAUUCUGUCAGCAAGUUUAAUAAUUAAUAAUUAUAAUUUUUUUAUAAUUUAUAGAUGUUUGAGAAGAAGAUUUGAGUUUUUACGAAUGUGUUAUACCUACGAUAGGUCCGUUCAAUACAUACUCAUACUGUGUCAAUGGAAAAAUUCAACGAAAUAUUAUGUAAAAGGGAAGGAACGUAGGCGAGGUUGAUGUACAAAAUGGGGGUACGUUCAUUUCAGUUUUUUAUUUUAGCUAUGGAGGGUAAAGGCAUGGCGAAAAAGUGUACCCAUAAACAAAGGGCCUAGUUGCAGUAUGAUACUGUUACGAUCGGGUUAACGUAACGCGAAUUUCUAAGGAAUUGAAACAGCGCCAUCUAGUGGCACAACUGUCUUAAUUAUUGGUUUGUGGGUUUUGUAUUAUUAAAACAACUCGAUGGAUAUAACUAAUCACUAUAUAUUUAUCCAAAAUAUUAUUAUUUAGCAAGGUAGGCAAUACGUCCGUCCACUAGCACGGUGUGACAAGAAGUGAGGAACAUUACGAAAACAUUUAAAUACAUUCUGUUUGGAAUGAACGAUGAUGGCGCUGGCGUAUUAUUUUAUACAAUCAAAUAUCUUCUUAAUUAUAUUUAAAAUCAGGAUUAGUUUUUGUAUUUAUUUGUAAAAUAAACCAACACGCCCCCUCAAAAAUUAAUCGACUUUAUACAAAUCAACUUUAGACAGAACAUAUGUACCUCCUUGCUUUAUAACUGGGAGUUACAUUAUAAUGGCCCAACAUUUGUUGCACAGGACUAGGAAAACCCAGUAAAACCUAAUCAGACCAUUUCAUUUACUUAAUUAUUGUAAACUAAUUAUAAUAUAAUAUAAAUCAACAGUAUCUUAA